AUGCAAAAGGUGCAUGUCACAAAGGAAACAGCGCCUCCCACCAAACACGCCUGCACACACUGCCGGACUCUGAAGAUCCGGUGCCAAGGCGAGCCACCAUGUAGCAAUUGCCUGCGUCGAGGGAUUUCCUGUUCUCUUGACCACCACCGACAGACCGCCGUCGAUGUACAGCCUGGUGACUACGACAAGCGCGCGUCGGACCCGCAGUCCAUGCCGUCGCGGUCGAUGUCGACCCAACUCAAGGCGAACCGGUCUGCAAUGCAGAGUCACUAUCUCGCUCUGUAUUUCCAACGGUUUCAUCCUCACUGGCCCUUCAUUCACAAGGGUUCGUUCAGCGACUAUGAGACGCCCUUGCUGGUGCAAUCGAUGGUGGUUCUGGGGCUGUGGAUGAGUCGGGAGAAAGACACCCAGUCCAAAGCCAUGGAUCUGCAUAAGGUCCUUGACUCUGCCAUUCGUGAACAGACUGCAGUAUGGGAUGCCUCGAGUUCAGAGGACGCAUGCAGCGCCUGUUUGUGGCCCAUCCCGACGUACCAGGCCAUCUUGCUCCAUAUCAUCUUCGCUGGGCUCUCCCAAGGCGGUGGAGUGCUUGGCCCGGACCUCAAGCCUUCCCUUGCCCCCCCUGACCGCAAUCUGCUGGAAAGGCUAGUCGCCAGUUGCAAGAAGCUGGGGCUGCUGUCAUAUCCCAACAUGCUCAAUCGGUAUUGCCAGGAUGAUCUAGCGACCUAUGUGUGGGUGAGCAUCGAGGAGGUCAAACGAUUCAACCUGGCGCUGUUUAGGGCUUGUAGGGCUUUUACCAGUGCAACGAAACAAAAGAGUAUUGGCCAGGAUAUUGCGGACGCGGCAAGCAGGACCCUUCAAGUAUGCGAUCUACAAUUUCCGUGGCCAAGGAAUGCUCCGUUGUGGAAUGCGGUCGGCAAAGCAGAAUGGCUCUCUGCUGCUACCGAAGAGGUUUUUCGCCAUAGUCAACAUGACACUUUAGAGGAGGAGUGGAUCUCGAAUUCUGCCGGUGUCCUGGAGAUGAUCGACGGUUGA